AGCGGCGGAGGGGGCGGAGCCCCGGGGCGGCGAGCGGGGAAGUGCUGCGAGUGGGUCGGAGGAACCGGCGGGCUGAGCGGCGGAGGGGGCGGCUGGAUCGGAUGAGGAAGUGAUGGUAACCCGUGACAGACGGUGGGCCUCCAGCUGCCCCCAUGCUAUCAGCUGAGGUGGAAUGUCUCCUUGACUCCUCUGCCUCUCCUGGCACUGAGGACCUGCACGAGGGGCAGCUGCUCAGCAUCCCCGCCAGCUUUAUGGCUGUGUCUGAGCCCAGCGCUGGAUUGGAUACGAAGCCUGAUGUGUCCACACCUGAGCUGACACACACUAGUGAGCUGUCACCUGAGCACUGCAGGGCUUUGGAGGCAAAAGGCUUCAAUGAGGGAGUAGCGCAUCUGGAUGAUGUGGACAGAGAGGCUCGUUGGGAGCCAGCAGAACUGCUUAACAAAGAAUUACUGCAUGGUGGAGAUGCUGAAGAGGAUGGAAAAAACAAACAGACUCAAAGGAAACAAGACUGUUCUAGUGGUGAAUACCAGCAAGGACAUCAAGAGGCACAAGAUGCUGAAGAGGAAUACACUGAAUGCUGUGCUCUAAAACCUGGGAAAAGAUGGUUAAAACAAGAGGAUCCUCAUCUGAACAAGCAUGAGAUAAAUUCUUCAGCAACCUGUUGUGUUGAAAUAGCAGGAUUUCUGAAGAGCAAAGGAGAAAACCAAGCAAAUAUUCAGGUGACAGCUGAAACUCUCCCAAAGCUUACUGAAGAGGCACAAGGUAUGAAGGCUGAUAGGACUAGAAUAUUAAGUAAAGCAGGAUACCAGAAUGGCAGUGUGAGUAAAGGUCUUCCACCUGAGAGUGAUGAAUGCCCAGAUAUAGACACAGUCAUGGCUGGAGCUGGGGUUUCAGAAACUACCAGGCUAGAUUUCAGACAGCCUUUAAAAGUUAUGGACGUUGAAUCAACAUCAGAACACUCACAAGAAAUAAGUGAAUAUAAUGGGUCGAAAGCCCAUGCUGACAUGUCAUUGAGAACAGGGGACAAUGUUGUACCUAUUUUGGAGACUACAGAAGAAAAGUUAUCUAGACAAAAUCUUGUUAAUGUAUUCAGUACAUCACUUGAUAAUUGCCAGACUUAUCAGCAGGAAGAAGGAAACAAUAUUUGUGACUUCUGUACCGUUCUUCCACCUAGACAUAAUGAACCUGUUAGGUUGUCAUCAGUAGGAAGCUGUAGAAUGCUCUCCAUAAAAAGUUCUGAAGCUAUGUGUUCGGUUCUGGAAAGUGUCUGUUAUCUGGACUUGAAAAACAUGUCACUAGACAACAACAGUACUGCAACCCAUGGAAUUAUCAAUGAAAUCUCAAAAAAGCAUCUUCCUGCAAGCAUAACUAGUAAGACUAAUUAUGAUCACAGAACUGGAUUUGUAAAGAACUGCACUUCUAAAUUUAUGCCAGCAGAGCAUCUCUCAGUUCUAAGUAAAGAAGAAUUGUCUAGUGAUAAAACUGGUGAUGGGGAAACAAAUGGUAGUACAGGUAAAUCAUACAGCUCUGAAUUUGAAGAGGCUGCUGGAAUCCAGAGAGAGGUUGCUGUGGGAGGUAACACUGAAGCUCAAGAGAGUGCUGAUUUUGAGCACUGUCAUCCUUCAGUUUUCAGUUCUGUUGCUUCAUCUUCUGAGGAGUUCUCGAAAGAAAAAUUAAAAACAAUCACAUCGGAAGCUAAUAAAUGGAAAAAGGACCAGUUACAAUUUUCUGUUAGUGAUCUGUGCAAGGAUGAUUUAAAAGAAAGUAUCCUGUUGAAGGAAAUAAACAGCAUUGCUUCCCAUGAAAUUGUGCAGACAGAUGUAGGCAUUCAUAAAGCCUACAGUAAAAUCUCUUUUCCCAGUAGGCCUGACUGUCAGAAUCUUUCUGUCAAGCAAGAUAACAAAUCACCUGAGGUACAACUGUUUGAACAGAAAUCUCAGAGUAAUACAAUGUUAGAGUUUUCUGGCAAAGAAACUAAUUUGAAUUAUACGCUAAAUGUACUUUUACCUCCUGUUGCACAAAAAUCAGGAGAGCCUCACUGUGAUGAGAGUCUGUUUUGUACUGCUAAUGAAACUGCAAGCAAGGACAAGGCUCAGGAUAAUCGAUCUGGAAAAGAAUCAUUUGGUUCUUCUGGGACAACAGAGGAACAAGUUGCUGAAUUUGUGCUGCAUAAAGACAAAUUUAAGUCUUCAAUAAAUCCCAAGACUUCUGAUGAAUCCAGCGUGAUAUGCAGCAUUUCCCAGAAGAACAGGAAGUCUUCAGAAGGUAAAGUAGAGAGUGUAGACGCUAGUUUAGAAAAUAAACAUAGCAACACAUGGAAUUCUAGUAAACAGACUCCAAAAUGCCAGCAUACAGCUGCCACUUCUUCCAGUAUCUUAUCAAAUAGUACACCUGUAGAUGAUGUUGUCCUGGACAGAAAUUUUUUUAAGGCUGAUAUUGAGAUGAAGAUUGAUGAAAAUGAUAGUUUGGAAGAAGUUUCAGGUGGAUGUAGUAGUAAAAAGACAGUCACUUUUCCGGAAGAACAUUGCCCUUUGCCAUGUAGAUCUCCCUGUCAAGAUCACUUGAGCAACAGUUGUGUAGCUCUGCAUGGGAUAAAUGAUACUUCCACAGAAAAAAGUAUGUUUUGCCUAAAUUAUGAUACACAGGAGUCUACUGCUACCUUAGUAGAUGAGAUCUCAAAUAAGAAUAUGGAAUCUGAAAAUAUGAAACAGUUUAAUCUUUGUAAAUUAACAGAUUGCUGUGAAAUUAUUUGUGGCAAAGAUGAUGCAGAAGACCAGUUUUGCAUGUCUGCUGUCCAUACAGAUGAAUUCACUAAAAUAAGAACUGUGAGUUCUCCAAAAGUUCCUGGUGGCAAUUGGAGAAGUGAGACUGGUGAACAGCUAUUAGUCAGAAAUUUGAACAAAAAAAAUUGUGUUCAUAAUUUUGAAUUUUGCAACUCUCCAUUAUUCCUGAAGACGAGAGAACUAGAUGCAUCUGGGAAGAAAGGCACGUCAUCACUCAGAGCUAGUUCUUCUGAGUACAGCUUUUCUAUCUGUAAUGCAUGUCCGUCACUCAACAAUGUGAAUAUGCAAACAAGACAUGCUAUCCAAACAGAAAUGACCAUAUCUCCAAUGGAAAAUCAGUUUCUUGCACACCAGAGUUCCUGCCUGGUUCCUAGCAGAAAUCAACAUGUAGAAAGCUUAAACAAAGAGCCCAAUACUGGUUUACAGUAUAUUGCUACUUCUGCAGAGGAAGCUAAACUGUCAAUCAGCUCUAGCCAAAAUGAAGAGAUACUGUUAAAAAAGGGUGAUGACCUGACUCUCUUAGUUCAUAAAUGUGUAAGAGGAGAUGGUUUGCAAAGACCUUUAAAAGAGAAUGCAGUGGAUUUUAAGUCUUCAGGUGGUUUAAGAAACGCAGACUAUUCAGGAUGCAUGGGUUUCGUCAGUGAUGUAAUAGAAGAGAAGAUGACAAAACUAAAAGAGAAAGAGAACAGCUGUGGAAGAGAAGAUAAAGAAACUGAUAAAGAAAGCCUUUCUGAUAGCAAAUCACAAUAUUCAGAGCAUGCUUUGUCCAUCAGAUGUAUGAAAGACAAAGCAGAGAUAGUAUUUUCAGGAAAUACAAGACAGCAGUCCUUGGCAAGGAUGAAGUGGUUAACUGGGGACCAAACAAAUACAGUUAAUGCCUCAUUUUUGCCCUUCUCAUCAAUUCAUGGGAGUCUGUUUUAUAAGCCAGAAAAAAUGGAUGUACUUUCAGAGAUGGAAAACGAAAGUCUGGGAAUAAAAUCUAUCUUAAAUAAGUCUUGCUCACAGUUAAUGUUGGAGCUUGGUAAAGGAACUGAUGCUACCAAUGACAUGGGUCCAUCCUGUUUUGUGAAGUUUAACAUCCAGGAUUCUUCUAAUGAGACUCGCGGGGAUUCAGAAACACCAUCAGCUCUUCUCAUAGCUAACUCUUUGCCUCAGAAAGAGAAGUUAUUUGUGUCAUCUGAGAAUACAGACAUAGGUAAUAGCGAUUUAUCUUCAAAUGAAAUUUGUUGCAAAGGUCCUUCAGUGACAAAACCUCUUUCUGUGACAACGUACAUUAAGAGAGAAGCUAACAGUACUGAAAUACCAUCUUCAGAGGAAGAAAAGGCAACUAGCUCACUGAAUGGUGCAAAAAGUCUGAGUGUUUGUGCAUGCAACAAAGGAAGGCAGAGAGAUGAGAGGCAUGGUGUGCUAACUGCAGAAGUCAUGGAUGUUACCUUACCGGAAAGUGCUGACUGUGGAGAGAAGCUGAAGUAUGCAUGUGUAGAAGAGAAGAUGGAAAGAAAAGCGCCUCAUAAAAAAAAGAUGCCCAUACAUUCCUUACUUGAUGGAGAAAAUUGCUUAUGGGCCUCGUUAGCAGGAUCAAAAGAAUCUAGUAGCAAAACAGUUACUGUCAGUGCUGAGAACUAUGAAAAAGGUUUUGAAGAAAUCCCAAGGCCUGACCCAAGUGGUCUUUCAAAGGAAAGCAACACUGCAAAGCCUACAAGCUUCACUGAUACCAGUUUACUUUCAGAAGCUGUGCAAGACUGUCAAACUGCAGAUGCAUUUGACACAGAAACUUCACCAGAAUUCAAAUAUAGUGAAAUGAACAUGCUAUCAAAAAGUUGCAAAGAAUCAUUACCAAAUUGUGUAGGUCAGUGUGAAGUAUGUGUGCCUUACAAACUGAAUGCACAGAGCAAAGGUAAUGCAAAGGAAAUUAGAGGAUAUCAAGACACUCAGCUCAUUCAUGAAACAGCUCAUUCAGUUUCCAUGGAAAAUGAGACUUCAGAUUCUGUGAGCCGUGAUAAAGUAGAGAAAUGUCAGGCACGUAAACGAAAGAAAAGGUUUGAGGAGGUGAAAGGACAUGGAUCAGACAAGGCAAAACAAGAAAAAAAGGCAGCAUACAAAACAAAAGCAAAAGUUGCAGGGCAUCCAAGCAUAUUGUACAGUUCUGAACUUUUAUGCAGUUCUUCAAAGGAGUUGGUGAUGUCAAGAAAUACAAAGUUUGAAAGCCAUCUGAAGGACAUUUUUGCUGUUAGAAGCAGUGAAAAUAAACUGUGUAGCACUUUACAAGAAAUCAAAAGGCCAAAGAUUACCGUGAAUGCUUUUAGUUCAUGUUUUUUAAAGACUCAGGAUUCAGAAAUGGAAAAUGUAAACCCUAAGUCAGGUUAUAAUGGAAUUCUUGGUGCCUUUGAAACUAGAAAUAAACUAAGAGGACCUCUCCCAUUAAAAAUACAGCCUGGAAGAGCAUGCAAAAAAGUUCCCAUGCCAUAUCAACUAGAAACUGUAAGAAAAAUAAAAAAACCUAAAAGUUCAACUCUUUUGAAGCCUCCCUCAGAAAUGUCCCCUAAACAGGAAAACACAGUCCUCAAAUCUUUGUGCUUUGCCUAUGAAUCACCAACAGUGAAAAAGGAAAUAGCCAUGAGGUUUGUCCAUAUGCCAAGGCAGAAGGCCAAGAGGUGCGUCUUGCUGAGCAGCUUGAAAUUCAGAAAGUGUACCAAAGAACCAGCAUUACUGAGCAAGCUGUCUGCAAUAGCCAGCAAAUUACUGGUACCUGCCACAAGCACCCGUAGCUUGGAAUCUCUGCCAUAUUCUUCUGAAAUUCUUCCAGUGGCUGCGAGGUACAGCGAACGUAGAUGUAAAAAUCUAUUGGAAGCUUUCUCUUGCAUUAACAGAAACUUACACUCACGCUGCGCUGACAGUUGGUGUACCAAGAUGUUCAGCUUUCAGUCUUUGGCACUUUAUUCAGUAGGAUCUACCAAAAUACCUUCUUUAGACUCAAGCAACAAUUCUCCAUCUUCUUUCUUGGAUACCCCAGCGUUACCAAUUUCUUUUCACAUCGAAUUGGACUCUAGUCCUGUGACAGACCUCACAGGGACUACAUCUCAGCAUUCUGUACAUCACAGAUUGGUUUUGGAAGAAAUGCCUGCACCACCUUCAAAGUGGACUUUUCUCCUUUCUCAGAGCUGUUCAGAGGCAACAGCAAUCAAGGAAGAUUCCAGUCAAGAUCAUGAGCUGCAUUCCCCUCUCUCUGUAACAACCUCAGGGGUUGCUGCACUUCAUCCUGACCAUGGGAGAAAUGUCAUAGCAAAAAGAACAGGAAGUUGCUCCAUGCUUGGCUUUCACACAGUGUUAGCACUUUCUUCACCUGCAUGUUACAGGAUUUGGACAAGAAGAAGAAACUUAACCAGCCAUAUUUCUACCAUCCAGAGACUAUUUAUAUCCCAGUUUACCCAGGGUUUGAAAGGGUCAUCUAAUGUAUCAGAUGACCUGGUCUCUUCCCUGCCAUACUCCUUGGGCAGGGCACUAUCCAUAUGGAGUCAGCAUGGUCCUUCUGCCUGUCCCUCCGAAAUCACUCCUCUUCAUUCCAGUCACUGCAAGUGGCAGCCAAGUGUGGGCGUCGAGACCAGCAAUGCCGUAUUACCACACUUACCUGUACAGGAUGUGGAAGCACUACAGACUGCAGGUCAUGAGAUAUGUCUGGAACCUCCAUUCCCUCUUCCACUACCAAAGUCUUGCUUGCUUUCGGAAGCAUUGCCCCCUGUGCUUCCAGAACCUGAACUUCAGGUCCGUGCCCCUGAUGAAGCAGAUACUUCCUCUCCAGACUGUUUUAGAUCCCAAGAUGACAUAGAACUGAAAAAAACUGAGCCAGAAGAGAGGCCAAAGAAAGUCUCACAGAUCCGAAUCAGGAAAACUGUUCCUAGGCUAGAUCAUAACCUUACUCCAAUGGGACUACCCAAACCAAAAAGGCUUAAGAAGAAAGAAUUUAGUCUAGAAGAAAUUUACACAAACAAGAACUACAAGUCCCCUCCUCCAGCCAGGAGCUUGGAAACAAUCUUUGAAGAGCCCAAGGAAAAAAACGGACACUUGAUUUCUGUCAGCCAACAGAAGAGAAAGCGGAUUCUGGAGUUUCAGGACUUCACUGUUCCUCGGAAGAGAAAGGCACGAGGCAAAAUCAAAGCAGUGGGAAAUUUCACUCGAGCAAAAAAAACUGCACCACAAAGUGCAGAGUUAGAUGCCCUUCUGAGUCAGAAGCUAAUGGACCUUGAAGAAUUUUUUGCAAAGGAGGAUGAGCAGGAGUUGUCUUCUAGCACUGGAGAGAGCCAUGAGCUGAAAAUGGUCCAGUGAGCUACUUUAGUCUGUAUUUUAAUCCCAUUGGGAGAAAUCUACUGAUUUCUUCAUACCUUGCUCUACCACUCUCUUGUAUUGGCUGUGACCCUCUAAGGUGCUAUUUAAUUGGGAUUUUUUGUUUUGUUUUGUAUUUGGGUUUUUUUUUGUUUGUUUUUUUGGUUUUUGCUACUGGAGGGAUUCUUAGGGUCACAUGUGACAUAGCAUUCCUUCCCAACCUCUGGAAGUUAUGGCUAACAUUUAGUUGUGUUUCAAGACUUUUUGAGGGUACAGUGGGAGGAAGUCGCACAACUUCCAUAAUGCUGGGACUCUGUACUCCAAAAUCUUUGCACAUUGAAUCUGCUGUUACUACUGUAAUGGCUUUUGGAACAAUAUGACAACAGAGUAUGUGGUGUUUGGUAAAGAUAAAUUUUAGCCAAUACAUUCUUGAAAAUACCACCAUAUUUUUAAUAAUUAAAACUAGCAUUCCUAUCUUACUUCUGAUUAUUUCUUCUUUCUGUUUGUUUAGAAGGCCUUUCUGUUUAUUUAGAAUGUUCCUUAUGAAUUUCUGUGCCCUUCCUGGCUUUGGGCAGCAGAAACUCCACAUAACUAGACUUUAAUGAACUUGCACUUUGUAUAUCCUUGUUUAUUUGCAGCAUGAGGCCCCUUUUAACACAACUGACAUUACAAAACAAAACAGUAAGUAAUACUUUCAGAGAAAAUGAUGCCCGCUGCUAUUUAUUUUCCUCAAUAGUGAGCUUUGACCAAAUUGGCUGAUGCUUUAUACCCCUUCUCCAGAAGCAAAUCUCAUGAGUACAUUAAGCUACAGGGUAUGCAAGUAGAGCUUAUUAUGAGCUGAUCUGAGCUGCUGCAUACAAGAAGCACCAGCAAACCCUUUGAGACUCAUUUUGAAGCAAUUUUCAUUUCAGGAAGUAUAAUCAACUUGAUUUUAACACCUAUUUUAGGUUUGCAGUUCAGUUAGCUCCCAGUUAGAUAUUCUAUGUGCAGCACUGUUGUAUGCAAUAGUUAGUGUUGUACAAAGAGCCUCCUAGCGUGUGAAAAACAUUAUUUUUUGAUUAAGUGAUGCCAUUUGUCAUUAGAUGGUGCAGCACUGGGCAAUUCCUCAGCCAUAAGUUUUAAGUGAAGCGCGCUCACUUCUGGGAUAAGUUCAGUUCAACUUACUUGAAGAGUUAAUUCCGAAGGAAUGCCAGCUGCAGCGCAGGUCAUUUGUGUCCUCUAGUGCCUACAGAAGUUAUUGAUGUGAAGCUGUCUCUGCUGGGAUGCUCAACUUCAACUAGUUUAUUCUUUCAUUUGUCACUUAAAACUUGCACUUUCUUAGUUACCUAUCCUAUAAUAAAGUUUAUAUACACAUUCGAAAUAAGCAAGUACCUAGUGGGCAGGUAUUUUGAUAAAGUCCCAAUAAAUGAAGAACUGAAAGUACCAACACUAUCUUCUGCUGCUCAACCAUUUCUGUUACUGGCCUAACAGAAAAGGCAGAAUUAACAAGCAAUCUGUUGAAUUCCAUAGUCUGCAAAAUGGAGAAAUGGAAGAAGAAUAUUACAUUCUCUGUGCCUGAAUCUUGAAAUAAACGUAUUCUGGGUUUGUGUUGUUCUCAGCUGGGAUUAAUGACAGCUUACUUUCUUGUUUUGGUGGCUUAUUAAUCCAGAAGAUUCAGGAAAAGAGUGAGGUGCAGACUCAGAGUAAUGGUAAUUUGGAUUUUGAGGAUAAAAUAACAAGGUAGGUAAACUUCAAACAUAUUGACCUGCUAUUUCAAUGGCAAGGUCUGGUUAAAUAAAUUGAGCUACUGGGAAUCAUUGUAAUUGAUCUUAUUUUUAUAGAAAUCCCUAAAAAAUAAAAAUAAAUAAAUAAAAGCCAACUACCUUUCAAAAGAUAUUUGAAACUUACUCUGUGUUGGCUUAUUACCCAAAUAUUGACUAGAUGGAAGUUGUUGCAAGAGUCAUAUAUAUACACAUAGAGAUAGAUAUAUUUUUAUGGUUUUAUGCUGUAGGAUGGGAUUGUGAGCCAGUGUUAAUUAACCUUCUAUUAAAAUGGGAGGCUUUUCAUGUUGUGACAGAAUUGAGCUGUAACCUCACUGAGGCUAUUAAGGAAACAGUAUGGGCGAGAGGGAGGGGAUUGGGUCCAAGCAAAGUUCAGGCUUCUGAUGUGCUUCAAAAUAUAGAACUUUCUGUGUUGUUGUUUUUUUUUUACUGUUUGUUUGCCUUUUUUUUCCCUCGUGUGCUUCCUUGCCCUGUCUUGUUUUUAAUUAAUUGCUUUGAAAUAACACUUCUUUUCAGUAGUUACAGCAGAAGGGACUUAAAAAGGAAACACUUGUUGAUCCCCUUUUAUUUACAGUAAUUGGAGGAGUAAGAAAACGAUGUAGCAGUUGCUUAGGUUGUCCCAGACCUCAGGGUCUGCGGAUGACUCUGAUUUGGAUUAGUAUUUGUGUGAUAGAGUUGUAAGCUAAUGGAGACAAAGCAUCUUUUUCUUCCUCCCCACAUCUCCUCAGCAACAGAUGUCAGUCAUGUGUGUGCACUUUUUUCCCCUUUCCCACCUCUGUCCCCAUUUACAACACUCACGGAACAACCUCAUUCCCUGUGGCUGUUUGUACACUGGGAGUGACUAUGGUGCAAAGGCAGGUAACUGCCGCACUCAGCUGCUUCUGUCUGGGAUUACUGCAGGAAAAAAGUACACAGACUGUAUGUUUGGGAGUCAUAAAUACUUCCCCAGUGGAAGAAUAUGUACUGUGUCUUUCAUACAGAGAGACUACUCCAGUCAUGUUUUUUUCUUACAACACCAUGGAAAGACCAUUGUACGUACUGCUCACAGAAUGAUGCCUAGAGCAAAUGUCUGGAGAAGAAAUGCAAAGCUUUUGGCACAUACCACCACAUAGCAGUAGGUUUUCAGAGACAGGCAGCUUUUUCUUUUUACUAAAUAUGCUGAUUAUGAGGGUUAGAUUAUUUUUUUCUUAAAAACAUAAAAUCUUAUUUUCAUCAUGCUGCAACUGGAGCAGCCGAGACUACUUAAUGUACAUUAGAAAGUUUGCCAGCCUGGCCUUGUAGCUGCAAACAUUUGAGUUCUUAUGCUUGCUGGAUAUGAUCUUCUGCAAGCAGUUCUUGUUUAUUAUAUUUCAUAUGGGUUGGGCCUUUGGCAUAUUAUGUUCCAGGUGCUCUUCUAGGAUACGAUGCUAACUGUGGAUAUGUCUAUACGAUGCUAUCAUGUCAACAAAUAGCUCAUAGAGAGAACUUGUAUGCCUGUGCCAUUAGCCUCCAUCAAGCUCUUGGCAUUGUUUCUGUUCAAUUUGGUGUGAAUUUCAAAUGUUACUGUUUCUUUUGUGUGUGUCUUUAAUUUAUGGAAAUAAAUUUUUCUGAGAACCUU